GAUAUGCUGUACAACCCCCAGAUCGACAACCAAGGUACAAAAGCUUGGCAUAAUUCAGCCGCAAUCACGUGGUGACAUGCUUACGUCAGCCAAUCGCCAAGCCAGCAAGCAGAAGGCAGGCCUUUGCAAGCCCCAGCAGACGCAACCGCUCCAGCCAACUUAUCCGCAUCCAGCUCAUCCUGACAUCCUGACAUCCUGACUUCCUCCUGACUUCUUCGCGUUGCUUCUUCCCCUCCAUCCCCCCACCAGUUCCUUGCCACCUCCUACGCCCAGCUGCUCUCCAUCGUCCUCAUAGCUUAUAACCCGUCCCGCUUUAUCUCUCCAGUCUUCUUCUACCCACCUGCUUUAUUCAUAUCAUUUCCCCUCUCUCAUCAACUGCCCCCCAGUUGAACCUCGUCGGUGGCGCAAGAUGAAGUUGACGUUUAGAGAUUUGAAGCAGCAGAAGUUCGUGAUCGAGGCCGAACCUUCGGAGACGGUUGGCCAGGUCAAGGAGAAGAUUUCCCAAGAGAAGGGCUGGGAUGUCGCGCAACAGAAACUUAUCUAUUCGGGCAAAAUUCUACAAGAUGCAAAUACUAUUGAAUCAUAUAACAUCGAGGAGAAAGGCUUCAUAGUGUGCAUGGUCUCAAAGCCUAAACCAGCCCCCUCAACGUCAGCAGCCGCAUCUUCUCAGGCUCCUUCGACUCCCGCUCCCGUCGCCGCUUCAACCCCUACAGCUCCCGCCCCCCGCUCCAAUCCAACCACUUCAGAUGCCCCCGCUACGCCGUCGCCUGCAGCUCCAGCUGCUGCCCCAGCUGUGGGUGGUGCCGCUACGUUCAACGACCCGUCAGCUCUUCUUAUGGGCCCUCAGGGUGAACAAGUAAUCGCACAGAUGGAGUCUAUGGGAUUCCCAAGAAGUGACAUAGAUCGAGCUAUGAGAGCUGCGUUUUUUAACCCAGAUCGAGCCAUCGAGUAUCUCCUAAAUGGCAUCCCAGAAACCUCUCAGGCUGAGCAACGAGAAGCCGCCCCUGCGCCGCCAGCGACAACGGCUCCUACCGGCGGCGCAGCGCCAGCAGCAGCAGCCACUGAAGGCGAUGAGCACGUCAACCUUUUCGAGGCUGCAGCACAAGCUGGCACGCCCCAAGCGGGUGCAACCGGGCGCGGCGCUCGAGCUGCAGGACAGGGACUAGCUGCAGCAGCCGAAGGGCAAGGAGGAAGUCUUGGCAACUUAGAUUUCCUACGGAACAACCCCCAUUUCCAACAGCUACGACAGCUCGUGCAGCAACAGCCGCAGAUGCUCGAGCCAAUCCUGCAACAAGUUGGCGCUGGUAACCCACAACUCGCGCAACUCAUUGGGCAGAACCAGGAUCAGUUUCUCCAGUUACUCAGCGAAGAUAUCGAUGAUGAUGCACAGUUACCGCCAGGCACGCAUCAGAUCACUGUGACGGAGGAGGAAAGAGAUGCAAUUGAAAGGCUCUGCCGUCUAGGAUUCCCUCGCGACUCCGUUAUCCAAGCCUACUUCGCCUGUGACAAGAACGAGGAACUAGCAGCAAAUUUCCUAUUCGAGCAACCUGACGAGGGUGACGAUAAUUGAAGGGAAAAAAAUUGUGGUCCUUUCCUUCCCUUCUGCGCUCACCAUGGAGCAUGCCCCCUAUCUAUCCACCAGUACCUAUUUAACUUCGUAACUUAAUUCAUCUCGUGACACCCUCCUCCACGUUACCAUUCGCUUGUACUUAAAAAUUUCUCAUCCACACAUCCAUCCCUUCGUCCAUCCGUCCAAUGAAUGACCCCACUCAACCUCAUGUUCCCCCUUUCCCCCUGUCCCUUCUACUUCCCUUUACUCCCUCAGAUAUGAAAUCUCUCGCUACCCGCUUCAUUCAACCCUCACCCCCCAACACACCUUGGCUCUCAAAUAAUUUAAGCAAACAUCAAAUCCUAUCAGCUAUUCUUCCUGCUGUUAUUUCUGUUGUAUUUCUCCUUCAUUUCUGCUUCAUGCUCUCUCAAACUACUGGACGUACCCUACCGGCAAUCUAGCACUACUAGCAAUAACUAGCACGCGAAAUGGAAAGCUCAAACUGUGUUUAAUGUUUCGACCUCCGUUAUGGUUUGCUUGAGUGGCUUAACUGCUUUCUUGUUUCAUUUUUAAUUAACUACUUAAGCUACUGGGCCUGGCAUGUUUUUUGCUUGAGAAAUUUUUUUCUUCUUUAUUUUCCCCCCUCCCCCGUCCUUUCUCGCUUAGCGUUAAAUCAAUUUAAUCAAUUUGAGUUGGUUUUGACGUUGUUUCCCAUUUUCGUUGUAAUAUGCAUUAUUACUACUAUGAUAAAGAGAUCUACUCUUAAAGGAGACAUAGUCCGUAUUUACCAAUGAUAAAUUAAGCUAUGCCCGCCUGC